AUGUCUGAUUCUGAAGACGCAUCUCCCAAUGGGGAGCCAGUGGCGGACUACGAGAACCCAAGUCCUGCCGUAGAAAACGAUGAUGACGCCGAUGUCCCGCAGCUCGAGGAACAAGACAUACCAGAAGACCCCAGCUCUGUGGAUUUGGAGGAGGAGAAGCAUGUCGUAGAUGCCACAGUUGUAGAAGCAUCUGCUCAGAAUGGGGACAUUUCCGAAAUCACUUCGGCGGACGCCAGCUCCAUUGAUGCGGUUCCGCGCAGAGCAGGGAGUCCCAUUGAGUCUGUCACCUCUGGGGUGGGAGACUCUCCAUCGGUCCAGGGCUCGCGCGUUUCCUCUCCAAGCAGCAGUGUGUUGCCAACAGCUGCGUCCCGUUCAGGGCUAGGCAGCCCGACGCCGUCCUUCCGACCCUUUGAUCGACGAUUCCAAUCCCGCAUAUCCUCGUUUAACGCCCUCAGCCCUCGUCCCUCGUCUCCUGCAUUUGCGGCUAGCCACAGCCGCCACGCCUCUUACAGCUCUAAUUUUCCUAUAGAUCAAGCCGAUACAGACACACCAUCGCCACCGUGGGAAAUCGUAAGGUGGACUAGACUGAAGAAGCUGAAUAGCUAUGCGUUCUCAGAAUCAGCGAAGCGGAAUUUUGGGUCGCCCACGUGUCUUGCUGUGUCGGCUUCAAUUUUUUUGGGAACCUCCAAAGGCAUAAUCUUAAUGUUUGACUAUAGCCAAAACCUAAAACUCAUCAUCGGCCCCGGGACUAAAGCUGUUGAGUCUGGUCCUAUUACUGCCCUCGCUGUAUCAGCAGAUCACACAACCAUAGCCGGCGGUCAUUCCAACGGAAACAUCUUUACUUGGGAUACAACACGGCCUUCACGGCCUUUCCUUACAAUCCCGCAUCUAGACGACUCUCAAGUACAGGAUAGGACAGUGGAUGGUCAUACGCCAGAGGCCUCUGUCAUCCAUCUAGGAUUUCUGGGGACCCGGCACACAGCUCUUGUAUCCGCAGAUGGCCAUGGCAUGGCUUUCUCCCAUCUUGCCACCAGAGGCACUGGGCCACUAGGCAGAACGGUCAAGACCACGAGGAUAUUGGGCCGGUAUCCCAAUGCGCCAAUGCCUCCAGGCAAAACAAUAAAGCCUAGCACCGUUCUAGCCUUUGCGCCUCUGCCAUUGGGAAACAUUGAACGUGCGACAGACAAGAUGGGACUGACUGCUAUGCUUACCCCUUAUUUACUUGUCAUUGUCUCCACGACCCCAGUGGCGCAGACGCAACACAAGUCGGCACGUCCUAAGGAUGUUCCGGCUCACAGCGCGAUGACGGGCUGCUUGGCCUGGUUUCCUGCUGUGAACCUUAAAGUUGCAGACUCACACACUGGAUCUACCUUCUCGAAAGCAAAACUGGCGUAUUGUUGGUCUAAUGUGCUAACAGUGCUGGACGUCGAAGAGAUUCCUGGAGACGACGCUGAUCAGCCACCUUCGUUGAGGUUUAAAGCUCGAAGUAGAUGGAAAUGUGAGGAGUCCAUUGCUGCUGUGCAGUGGCUUAGCCGCUCUGUGUUGACUGUCUUGACGAUUUCUCAAAGAUUGAUUGUUCUGGAGGACAGAACCAUGCGCAUGACGGAAGCGUUUGAUCUAUUGGAGAGAUACAUCUAUCACACUGAUCUUUUCUCCACACAACUACACACUCUUGUGGAAAAUCUAGACGAAAAUGAUGUAUCGAUGCAUGGGGUUGUAGCCGACGCCUUUUACAUGAGCUUCAAAGCAUACAAAGGGAGAAUGUUCCUCCUAGGUUUCAACGACGUGGCUAUAGGCGCAUUAUCAAAUUGGGCAGACCGACUUAUUGCCACAAUGGAGCACGGUGAUUAUAUAGGGGCUAUUCAGCUGGCUACCACCUAUUAUACUGGCGACGCCAACAAGUUGACCGUCGGCCUCCCCGACGAUACUGACCUAAGACAUAAUAUGGUUCGCGACAAGCUCAUGGAGAUAACCAGCGCCUCUUUGAAAUAUGCAUUUACACAGAGACAAAAGCACAAGGCAUCUGUGGAUGAUGAUCAUUUGAAGCAACUUGCUGAAACUUGUUUUGUGGCUUGCCAAACUAUUGACAAUAUUGAUUUUCUGUUUGAAGAGCUAUACGAAUGGUAUAGCGAUGCUGAUGUCGAAGGCAUAUUUCUCGAAACGCUUGAGCCUUAUAUCCUUGACCAAACGAUUACGGUUGUCCCACCUACAGUGGUUAAGGAUAUGGUAAAUUACUAUGUUAUCAAAGGAUGGGAAAGCAGGCUUGAGGAGAUGAUUUGCCACAUGGAGACGGUAACUCUAGAUCUGGAUCAGCUCACCAUUCUCUGCAAGCAACAUAAUCUAUACGAUGCGCUUACCUACGUCUGGAAUCAAGCUUUGCAAGAUUACAUUACCCCAAUGAUCGACCUACUCAAUCUACUGGUCCCCCUGAUGUCUAACGGAGACUUUAUGGCCGGCAGCACGAGCGAUGACUAUUACGGCGUGAAUGCGGUCAAGAUAUUCCCUUACCUCUCCUAUAUUCUCACGGGACGAAUUUAUCCAAGCGGAGAGACAAUGGACGAAGAGGUAGCGCAUAAGGCCAAGGCGGAGAUUUACUGGUUCUAUUUUUCUGGGAAAACUAUUUCAUGGCCCAAAGGCAGCGGCAAAGGGUUUCUCACCAGGACCGACGGAGAAGCAGAGCCUGCAUUUCCAUAUCUGAGGAUGAUUCUCAAAUUUGAUGCUCCUAGUUUCCUCAGCGCUUUGAAUGAAGCGUUUGAAGACUCGUUUCUGAAUGAUUCUUCUGAAAAACACUCCAAUGGAAAUGGAUCCAAGAUGGACAUGCCCGAGGAACAGAUCUUUGGCUUGACAAUUAAUCGACAGUACAUUUUGUCAAUCUUGCUCGAUGUAAUGAAUUCAACGGAUUUUGCCCCCGCCGACACGAUAUAUCUCGACAUGUUUAUUGCUCGAAAUCUCCCCAAAUUUCCUCAAUAUCUGCUGUUCUCUGGCACGACUUUGUCAAACGUACUCACAGGACUAUGCAAUUACCCUGGUCCCGACCUUGCUGAGGAUGCACAGCUGAGUGCUGAAUAUUUGCUAUCAGUUUAUCAUCCUUCAGAUAUGCCUGCGUUAAUGCCAUUGAUCAAGCAGGCUGGCUUUUAUCGAAUUCUGAAACGAGUAUACAAAGUCGACAAACAAUAUGGAAAGCUUGUGCAAACAUACUUUGAAGACGCAGAAGACCAAGAUUUGGUCUUUGACUGCAUUGCGGAAUGUUUACGACCUCAUAGCGAACUGAGCCAAAGGCAAAGACAGGAAGUGUUGGAAGUUAUCGAAAAUCACGCAAAGGAUUUGCUUGAGCUGAGCCCCGAGCGUUCGGCCUCGACGCUUGCAUCGCAGGAGACAGAGCUGCAUCAACAUAUUCUAGCUUCUGCCGCUGACGCCCCUGGAUUACAACAUGCAUAUUUAAAAACGCUGCUUGAGCCAGAAGAUCCGUUGGCAGAUGGGCAACAAGCACUCGAUCGGUAUCUUGUCGAACAAUAUGUUCAGCUCAUGUGUAAGUUUGAUCCACAUCAUGUUUCAGACUACAUCAGUCUCGUUCAGUCAGUCGACCUUCAAUUAAACAACCUGUUACCCGUUAUGGAAGAAACUGGUGUGGUAGAUGCUGCUGUAGUCCUCAUGGCCAAUGCGGGACAAGUUAUCGAGGCUAUGGAGCGAUUAGUACGGCACUUGGGAACCCUCGAAUCCGCUAUGGAAGGUCUUUUGCGAUCGCAUAACACGAAAGAUGGGGAGGAUGAUAGCUCUCUUUCUCUGCAGCCAUCGGCCGAAGCCCUUUUGGAGAGCCUGCAAAAGUAUGUCCAUGUUGGAAUCUGGCUGUGUCAGGAACAGACAAAGGCACCGCGGAGGACCAGCGUGGUAUCGAAGAAUAAGACUGCCCAGGAGAACUUAUCCGCAGAUGAAGCUCUCUGGCUGAAUCUCAUCAUUGCCUGUGUACAGGUGACUCAGAAUUUGGCCCCGUCUAUACAGGCUGUUGCCAAUGAAGAUGUGCUUGACGAAGAGAUGCUUUUGGCAAAGCUGCGAUCGCUUGUACAGCAUACAUUCACUUCGUUGCUUGUUUCUACUUCAAGUCAGGCUUCGGAUCAAGCAAACGGCCAGCUGGGUGCUGUUACUUUCUCAAACCCUGCAUCGAACCUCUCCUUCUUGCGAGUCUUGAGAUCGUUCCUCACCCAGGUCGCAGCAUCGUCUCCCAGCUUGGCAGACCUUCGUAGCGUUCUUGCGUCUAUAUUUUCCGCGUAUGCUUACGAAGAGUCUAUUCUCCGCCUGUCGAAUCGUCUUAUAGAACGAAACUUGUUCACAAACGUCAACACAUCUGUUGAGCUCCGACAGCGUGGAUGGAGGCCACGGGGCUCUACCUGCGAAGCUUGUGGCAAGAGAGUCUGGGGUCCGGGCCUUGCUGGCAAUUCUGUUUUUGAAGCCUGGGAAGACAAGCAAGCACUUGAAGAUGCAGCCAGAAAGCAGCGACAGACACAAGUUGCGGAGCGAGCCAAAGGCCAUGCAAGGAUCACGGAUCGUAGGAGCAAGGGGAAGAGCUUGGACAUGCGGCCCUCAAGCAUGCUGCUCGAGCAAUACGCCGGAAACUCCAAUAAGGAUCAGCUGCUAGGACCGCUAGUUGUGUUGGCCUGUCGACACAUCUAUCACCAGACAUGCCUAGAUGCGUUACAAGAGAAGCAAGAGAAUGGCAUCUUGCCGAGGGAUCUUGAUUACAAGUGUCCGAUUGAUGGAAGAAGUCAUAUAUGA